AGUCCCUUUCUUAAAUCUGACGGUGAGUAGCUUCUCUACCUGGGGUAUCCUCUAGAAGAAAGAACCAUUAUAAACCUCCAUAACCACGCUUUCAUCUCUUCCCGAGGGCGAGCAGCCAUUGACCCAUUCCGGAGGGAAAUUGAUAAGUUGGGCAACCUGUGAUUUGGUCAGUGUUUGAUUAAGAGGUUGGGAAAAUAGCAAAAGAAACCUAAUAAAUAAGGGCCAUGGCCACGAGGACUGCUAUGAGAUAUGUAUCUCGAAGACUUUCAAGCAGUGGAAAAAUUCUCAACGAGGAGGAAAAGGCUGCCGAAAAUGUUUACAUCAAGAAAAUUGAGCAAGAAAAGCUGGAGAAGCUUGCACGCAAGGGCCCAAAACCAGAAGAAAAGCUCGAAACAAGCUCAGGGAGUUCUACUCCUGACGUUAAACAGAGUAGCCCAACCUCAACAUCUGGUGUAUCAACUGACAAGUACCGAAACUACGCUGUUGUUGCUGGUGCAGUAACCAUUCUUGGUGGUCUCGGAUGGUAUCUUAAAGCAACUGCAAAGAAGCCUGAAGAAGUUCAGGAUUGAUGUAGAAAGCAUCACUUGGUUGCUUGCACAUGUCUAGCUUCGUCACAGUAUAAAAAUAAAUCAAACUCAAAACAAAAUUCUGUUUUUUAUUAUUUUUCUUCUGGCAGCCCCAAAAAAAAAUGUUAAUCUGUGUUCGAGGAUUUUGUGCUCCUAGCACCCCUUUCCUCCCUGUUUUGGUAUGGCUUCACCUUCUGAACUGAGUAAUGGUUUUCUAGGACAAAAGUACUCUGAAUCCUUGCCCCUUUCUCCUCAUGUUCCUCAUCAUAACUGCCUAUUGAAUCUUCUCUAAUUUCCUUUCCUUCUCCUGCCUGAUGAUUGCCCUGAUUGUCGAGGGAUUAUAUCAGGUUGCUUAUCCGAGACAGAGGAUUGUGCAACGAGAAAUCCUCGGGGCCACAUCGACAUUGUUGGAUUGUGCAGAUGCCCCUUUAGAUUUCAAACAAUUUGUAUUGUAUCCCAUUUUACUUCAAAAUGAAACUGUUCAUGGUUGGAUUGUUA